AAAAAACACACGAGGCCAAAAAAUGGAGGUUAUGAAGAAACACUUUGUUUUGGUACAUGGUGCAUGCCAUGGAAGUUGGUGUUGGUAUAAGCUAAAGCCAUUGCUAGAGGCUGCUGGCCACAAGGUCACUGCCCUUGACAUGGCAGCCUCUGGCAUUGAUUUGAGAAAAAUAGAGGAACUUCGCACGCUUGAUGACUAUACCGUGCCAUUGAUGGAGUUUAUGGAAUCCCUUCCACAAGAGGAGAAGGUCAUACUAGUGGGGCAUAGUUAUGGUGGUAUGAAUUUGGGACUUGCUAUGGAAAAAUACCCACAAAAGAUCUAUGCUGCUGUUUUCUUGACUGCUCUUAUGCCUGAUUCUGUUCACAUGUCCUCCUAUAUUUUGGAUCAGUACUUUGAGAGGACGCCAACAAAGAACUGGUUUGACACCCAAUUUGUAUCAUACGGUUCCCCUGAAGACCCUAUGACAUCCAUAUUUUUGGACCCCAAAUUGUUGGCCCACCGAUUUUAUCAGUUAUGCUCUCAUGAGGAUGUUGCAUUAGCAUCGUCAUUGAUAAGGCCAAGCUCUCUGUUUAUCGAAGAUCUAUCAAAGGCGAAGUAUUUCACAGAUGAAGGUUAUGGAUCAGUGAAGAAAGUUUAUAUAAUCUGCACUGAGGAUAAAGUCUUACCAAAAGAAUUCCAGCAAUGGCUAAUUGAUAACAUUGGAACCGUCACGGAAGCAAAGGAGAUUAAAGGUGCUGAUCAUAUGGCAAUGCUAUGUAUGCCCAAACAACUUUGUGACACUCUCUUGGAGAUUGCCUAUUAAUACAAUUGAUCCAUC